ACAAGUAUAACGUUCUCCGACUUUCUAGGACGUGUUUUAUGCCACUUCUUUUUCUGUCUCAUUUUGUCCACCAAACUUUUAACGUUGUGCGUGAGUGCACAAAGAGGUCACAUGACUUUAGUUGUGGCUGACGCUACGUGGCAGCUGAUUGGUCAGAACGUGCCAGCGCUCCACCUGCUGGCCUUGGUUCUUCAGGCAGUCUGUCCAGUGGCGAAGGGCGUGGCCCAGAGACUGAGCCCCCAGACACACGCCACCUAAACAGGAAGUGGACAGGAAGUCAUUGAAAAGGCGGGACAUCAUCAGUGGCGUGUCACCUAUGAAGUCGUUGGAGCGUCCCAAGUCGUAGUCCCACACGGUCACUUCCAGGGUCUUGGUGACCAGUUCUGACCGGGAGAUCUCGUAGAAGAACUCCUGCGGAGUGCGGACGCUUCAGUGACCUUCGACCCCAGCACUUUUUAGUCAAGGUGACAAGAAGGGGGCGACCACGUGCGCUGCAGCUCCGACCCGUAGAAGAAGAACAAGCUAAGCCGCUAGCAAGUGGAUUGUUUCAACGCCUCCGUUCUCUCCCAGGUGGUGCUGAUGUCUGCAGACACAAAGAUCGCUGAGCUGCUCACUGAGCUCCAUCAGCUCAUCAAACAGACUCAGGAGGAGAGGUCUCGCAGUGAACACAAUCUGCUCAACAUUCAGAAGACACAUGAAAGGAUGCAGACUGAAAACAAAACGUCCCCAUACUACCGCACCAAGCUGAGAGGACUGUACACCACCGCCAAGGCGGAUGCAGAGGCCGAGUGCGGCAUCCUGCGCCGCUCUCUGGAUAAAAUUGCUGAGAUCAAGUCCUUGUUGGAGGAGCGAAGGAUCGCCGCCAAGAUGGCGGGAGUGUACAACGACAGCGACCCCCCCAGGAAGACCAUGAGGCGCGGCGUUCUGAUGACGCUCCUCCAGCAGUCGGCCAUGACGCUGCCUCUGUGGAUCGGCAAACCCGGCGAGAGCCCUCCCCCUCUGUGCGGGGCCACGCCCGCCAGCGGCGACUACGUGGCCAAGCAGGGCGACAAGGUGGCGGCCAGGGUCAAGGCCGUGGACGGGGACGAGCAAUGGAUCCUGGCUGAGGUGGUCAGCUACAGCCACGCCGCCAACAAGUACGAGGUGGAUGACAUCGAUGAAGAAGGCAAAGAGCGACACACACUGAGCAGGCGCCGCAUCAUCCCUCUGCCUCAGUGGAAGGCCAACCCUGAGACGGACCCUGAGGCUCUCUUCAACAAAGACCAGCUGGUGCUGGCCCUCUACCCCCAGACCACCUGCUUCUACCGCGCACUCAUACACACACGCCCCUACCGGCCACAAGACGACUACUCGGUGCUGUUCGAGGACACGUCGUACGCUGACGGUUAUUCACCGCCCCUCAACGUGGCGCAGCGUUACGUGGUCGCCUGCAAGGAGAACAAGAAGAAGUGAAGUGUGUGUGUGUGUGUGCGUGUGUGUGUGUGCGUGUGCGUGUGUGCGCGUGUGCGUGUGUGUGUGUGUGUGUGAGAGAGACUGUCCAAAGAUGUGGUUAGAUAGAGGUGAAAUGUAUUUCAUCCAUCCAUCAAUUUUCUACUGCUUGUCCCUUUGGGGGUGGCGGUGGUGUAUUUCAUACAAAAUAAUAAAUGUGAUUUUUGUCAUCUUAAUUCCCAAAGAUCCAUUUUUGUUUUGCUUUGGUGUCAAAACUAAAUAAAAAAAAGUUUUUUUCCUA